AUGGAUACAAGCAAAGAUAGCGGGCUUCUGACGAGGUUUACGAGGAUUCGCAAGAAACCACAGCAGCCUCUAAAGGACCUGACAGAUCUCUACAGUCGAAUAGCCAACGAGUCGAUCUAUUUCUUGAAACUAGAGGAAAAAUGCGAGUAUAGAAAGGCGGUUUCAGGCUGGAAAGCCCUAAACACGCAUGUUCUGUAUGAACUAACCCAAAUAGAACAUCAACAUCCCAACACACAAAACUAUACAAAGGACGAAAUUAGCAUUCAAAAUGGAGUUCGCGAGCUGUUCCACCGCAGUCUGCAACAUUUGGAACGGGUGGCGCAGCUGGAAAAGCAAAACGAGAUGCCUCUUGCAGACGCUGCAGCGAGAACAGAACGGUCAUUUUCCAAACGGCCCGUACCGCCCUCUACUGGCUCCAGGCCCAUGCUAAAGACCUUGAGAACCCCACGGUUUGGCCAGUACCACAAGAACUACACCGUUUCAGCCCCCAGCAUCGCAAAUAAUACAGGAACCAGCAGCAGCGGCAAUAGUAACAGUUUUACAAAUGGCAACAACGGCAACAAGAUCAACUUUUCGACGUCAAAGCCGCUGAAAAAUGAUGGCGCGUUCAAAGAGUUUGACGAGCACCACCAGCUGGUAGAAUUUUCCGAGGACGACUCGUCCAGCACCAAGAGCGGCUCGCGGCUUGAAGACGACGCCAAAAGUGACCAGACGUUCGAGUUCGAUGUCCAGGACUAUUUCGAAGAUUACUUGGAUGUAGACCAGGAAGAGCUCAAGCGGCUGGAAGCCCUCAAUUCCCUAGAAGGCCUACAGAAAGAUACAAAAGCCCUGUCGAUGGAGACCAGACCUUUAAGUCCGGAAAGGAGACAGAAUAACGUUGCCUUGGAGCACACUCAAUCGACGCCCGCUUUGGUUCAAAAAAAACCUGUAGCCAAGACCACCAAAUUUCCCAUACCGAAGCUCCCCACUAGCAUGACACCACUGAAAAGUGGGUCCCUUAAAUACGGUCUCCCAGCACCUGGUCUACGAAGACCGCAAAAGAAGCAGGUUUCUGAUCUACUGACUAAGGGUCGUCCUGUGGCAUCAACGGCACAGUCCACACCCGCGGUGAGGACCCGAAGCGCGCCAUUGACAACCAAAGAACCGCCGCUCGUCAACAGGAGGGUUGUACGUAAUGGUAAGCCGACAGCAGCGACUAAGCCGGUGGUAGCGAGCAAGCCAGCUGCAGCGAGAAGCAUGGAAAACAUCAAAAGACCCCAAGCACUUCGAGCAGUCAAGCCUGCGCAGCAGAAAGCUGUCGGCGUUGAUCAACGGAAAAAUCCGUCCAUACAAGCUUCAACGCCGCCAAAGAGUGUCGAAGACAGAGUUUCUUCACCUAAAGAAAAAGAAGUGGAUGUCGUCGACAAAAAAAUGCUGAAGGAGGCGCUAGAGGACGACAUUAUAGCGCAACUUAGAGGUGUCGAUGAGGCCGCAGCAAAGCAAAUUUUCUCAGAAAUUGUGGUGCGAGGAGACGAAGUACACUGGGAUGAUAUUGCAGGCCUAGAAGCUGCCAAAUACUCGCUCAAGGAAGCAGUGGUGUAUCCAUUCUUGAGGCCAGAUCUAUUUAGAGGUUUGCGUGAGCCUGUACGAGGAAUGCUGCUGUUUGGUCCUCCUGGCACGGGAAAGACCAUGUUGGCAAGAGCAGUGGCCACGGAAUCGAACUCCACGUUUUUCUCCAUUAGUGCUUCGAGUUUGACAUCCAAAUACCUGGGUGAGAGUGAAAAGCUGGUCCGUGCUCUAUUCGCGAUUGCUAAAAAACUGUCGCCGUCUAUUGUGUUUGUGGAUGAGAUUGAUUCGAUCAUGGGGAGCAGGAAUAACGAUGGCGAGAACGAGUCCAGCCGUAGGAUCAAGAAUGAGUUUCUGGUGCAGUGGUCGUCUCUUUCCAGCGCUGCAGCUGGAAAGAAAGGCUCGCAAACGGAAAACGGCGAUGACGACGGCAACGACGAGGAAGACGAGCGUGUCCUGGUGCUGGCCGCCACGAAUCUGCCGUGGAGCAUCGAUGAGGCUGCCCGUAGAAGGUUUGUGCGAAGACAGUACAUACCGUUGCCGGAAUUGGAAACUCGCAAGAAACAGCUUUCGAAGCUACUGAUGCAUCAAAAGCACACGUUGACGGACGAUGACUUCGAGGAAGUCUUGAAACUGACCGACGGCUAUUCUGGUAGCGACAUCACGUCGCUGGCCAAGGACGCGGCAAUGGGGCCGCUUCGUGAGCUUGGUGAUAAGCUCCUUUCCACGCCUCGGGACCAGAUCCGCGCCAUCGCCUUGCAGGACCUCAAGAACAGUCUGAGCUACAUCAAGCCCUCGGUUUCGGCAGACGGACUAGAGCAGUACGAAAAUUGGGCUCAAAAGUUCGGGUCCUCGGGAGUGUGA